CCAGAAAGCACCUCGGCAUAGCAGUUUCUUGCAACACGGAACCGACGCAUUCAAUAACAAGCGAAACAAAAUUUACACAUCGUUGAUUUGCGUUUUUCAGAUGCAUUGCAUUUUUAUCGAACUGAUGUUUUCAUCAAAACGGCAGUAAAGUGAAGAUGGACCGAACACCUGAGGCGAGAACAAUCGUCGUGUCAGGCGUUCCACAACACGAGCUUGAUUGCAGGAGAAUGGCAGACAAGCUUGUAAUUCACUUCCAGAAAGCUAAAAGCGCUGGGGGGGACGUGGAAAAAAUCAAGUACCCAACAAGUAUCAAAGGUGUUGCUUAUAUUACAUUUGAGGAGAAGGAAGUUGCAGACCGGGUGCUUACAGUGGAGCAGCUUCUUGCAGACAAGGAAUUAGAAAAGGAAUACCCUUUAACUGUUUAUAGAUUCAGUGAAGAGGUGUUCUGCUAUACACAUGCAGAAGUCGACUUAUCACUUUUCAGUGAGCAUGAGAAGUUGGUAAAGGAACUUCGGACCAGGAACAGAGCAGUGAGGAUCUCACCUUUGCAAGCUAACCAGAGGGUUCAAGUGGAGGGGCCAUUCACAGCAAUCAAGAAGCUGAGAGAAGAUCUACUGCAGUUGCUUGAAACUUCACAGAGAGAGAAAAGUGUGACGGCUAGAGAUCGGAGAAGGGAGCGACAGAGCAGCAGAGCAGUGACCCCAGAACAGGGUGCAGCACCCUUCAGUUCUGAGACAGAUGCUUCUAACACAGAAGCAUGUCUCAUUUGGUUGGACACUAAUGUGUUUCGGUACAUACAACAUGUUCAUAAAGACGACUUUGAUUGGAUUUUAAAGAAACAUGAUGUGCAAGCUACAACACAGGUGGAGGGUGAGCUUACCGGAGUAACACUGAAAAAGAGUUACCAAGGUCUGUGGCAGCUGGAAACAGCAAAGUUAGAGAUGGAGCAAUGGGUGAGCAAUGUGCAGUCAUGUUUACGCACUGAAACGAUUCAUUAUGAAAAAGACUUUGAAGAAGAGAAAUUCUUACAGGCAUGCAAAGAUGUAAGCUGUGGCUUUCCUAGGGUCCUGUUUACCCCGGUGGAAGGUCAUAUUGAUAUAAUUGGCAAUUCAUCAGACUGCUACUUGUUCUGUCAGCUUGUUGAAAUGCAGAUGAAGUCUCCUCUGCAUGAUAAGGACAGGUGGUUAAGUACUAGUCCUGGUGCUACAGACAUGUCCUAUUACAGCACAGGCAGAACCGGUGAACCAAACUCCCUCCCUAUGACUAUGAAUUCAGAUAUGCACAGAAUGCCAGGAAAUAAUCUUUACAGCAGCAUGCAUUGUGACAGCUGGUCUGAGAGAUAAGAAAAACCAAAAGUCUGUGUACGUAGCUGUAUAAUAAGUUUUGAAAUCCUUUUCAGUAUGUCAAGUUGCAGGGUUCACACACCUUUUAUUGAAUUUCUAAGCAAAUUGCUGAAACGAUCUUCAGGUACUCCAAUGUUAUUUACAUCUAUUGUAGGACAAAUGCAUAACCUUUCAGAUUAGUGGACUGGAGCAGUGCAAUUGUACCCUUUCUGACUGCAGUGUAUAUAUAGUAAGGACAAACGUUAAGAUACAUUAAAAAGUAUAUCCUGAUAUAGUUCAAUGUUGAUUAUUUCAUAAAGAGGACCUGUUUGAAUUACUCUAUUAUUUAAUGUACAGUUGUGUGUUACCUCAAGCACGGUCCUGAACUUGUUAGAUCAGUUCACCUCUUGAUUCUAUUUUUUCUUUCAGUCAACACUGGUUAAAUGCCAGGUGGUUUUCUCAUUUGUAAAUUGUAUGUCAGUCAUCAGGUAUUCUGGUUAUAAACACAACUUUCUGUGCUUGCUAAUUAUUAUAAACCAUAUUUCUUUAAUAAAUUAUUAUUAAAAGAAAAACAAAUAUUUUGCUAAUUUUUUCACCUUUAUCACACUGUAUUCAAUGUGGCUAUUGUAUUUAAACAACAUUAAAAUACCUAGCUUCCUAAUUAAUGUAAAUGGAUUAACAGUGCUCCUGGGUUGAAAGGUGUUACUGUCAUGGAAACAUAUUUGUAUUUGUAAGCAGAUCUCAACAGUGUUUGUUUAAGUUUCUAGGAUAUUAUUUGUUUCCCAGUAGGAAAGGAGUCUGUUUUUUAAUGUACUGAACCACAUAUAUCAUUUAGUUAAAUGCUCGUAUGAAUCUCAGUUUUAGGUCAUGUGGAAGAAUUGAAUUAACUAGGAAAAGGAAAACAUUUGUAUCUUUUCUUUAACCAUUUAUUAUAUUCCACUACGGGUGCAGUGGAUGCUUCCAUAAUUAUUUGUUUAUUUGUCAGACGCCUUUAUCCAAGGCGACUUACAGAGACUAGGGUGUAUGAACUGUGCAUCAGCUGCAGCGUCACUUACAACAACAGAUUUGAACCGGGGACCUCCUGGUUAGAAGUCAUUUUCUUUAAUCACUGGACCACACCGUCUCCUAUACAUAUAUCACAGAGGUUAUAUAUAUUUUUAUACAAAUAUUUAUAUAUUUGUGGCAGAGCUAGUACGGAUUCACUGUUGUAAUUUUGUAGUCCACAGGAGAGGUGUCAUGGCCAAAGGCUUAAAAAAACAAACUACACAUCCCAGAAGCCUCUAAAGCCGAAUAGGAAACAUCUUGGUGCAUUUGAGGGGAUUGUUAGUUUAUUGAUUGAGUGUUUGUAAUUAGUGUUGUGUGUGUGUAUAUAAGCUUGUCUCUGUGUUGAGUGUGGGUGAAUUAGGAGUCUGAUUGUAAACCACUUUGAGUAAUGUGUGCGCGGAUAAACAACUGUGUGUUGUACAAUCUGGUAUGUAUGUUUUGAAACAGUUAAACCACUUAGCGGUCCCGUGCUAGUUUAGUUGUGUAAAUGUUUCGCUAGUGCUCCAAGUUCGAGAUAGGCUUUUGUUUUUUGUGUUUUGUGUGUGCUUUCCUGCUGUUGUCUGCUGUGAC